AUGAUAUGUUGUAUGUGUAUGGAUUCUGUGAAGGUAACGGAAAAGCUGCUCGAAGGGAAUAUGGACGCCGAUUUCCUGGUCGAAGGUUGCCAAAUGACAAAAAAAUUUCUAAUAUAUUUAGUUACCUUAAAGAACAUGGUAAAUUCCCAACCUCAACCAAAAGAAAAUGAACAACAUGGUUUGGAGCAAAAUAUUCUAGAAAUGAUCCAAGACGACCCAAAAAUCAGCACGAGAAGAAUCAGUGACGCCAUUAAUGUUCCUCCGUCAACCGUUUGGCGAAAAUUAAAAAAAAAUAAUCUCAUACCAUUUACAACAAGUGCAGAGGCUGUAUAA